AUGAGCGACGACCCGAAUGGAACACGUUGGUCGAAGUCCGAUAACAAUAUCGGCAAAUCGAUGCUGAGGCGCUCCGGCUGGACGGAGGGCAGCGGCCUGGGGAAGAGCCAGGAAGGCGUGACGAGCCACAUCAAGACACGGCGGAAGGAUGGCGUGAUGGGAGUUGGCUACGAGGGCGGCGUGCAGGAAGCAUGGAGCGCGCAGUCGGUGGGGUUUGCCGAUGUGCUCUCAAGAAUAAAGAAUGCCGUCGCCGCGGGAUCCUCCGACUGCGGGGAAGGGAGGGAUGCCGAUGAGGAAAAUGAAACCCCUGGCCCGAGUGGUGGGCGGCAUGUCUGCAUGUAUUCCAAACGGCACGCGCUAAAGACGGAGCUGCUGAGGUCGAAGAGUGGGGUGUUGUCGUCGGAGAUUCUUGGCAGCGCCAGCUCCUCUCGCAAGCGAACGCGUAAUGGUGACAACGAGAGCGAGGAGGAUGCCGCCCUCUUAUCGACACUCCGGUCCCCUUUGUUGCAGCGCGUGAUGGUCCGCAUGCCGAGGCACGAGCCGAAGGCGUUAACGAAGGAAGACACGAAUGAGAUUGAAACGGUCCGCAUCACAAAGCCGCAGCCGCGACCGCCGAAGUGCACCGAUACGCCAUUUCUUGCAACAACCGAGUAG